AAAUCAUUUCUCCUUCAUUAUAACUUGAUCAGGAAGAUGUUUCGCUUGAGCAAUAACCUAGUGGGGAUCUUAAACUUCAUCACCUUCCUACUCUCGAUCCCAAUCCUCUGGGCCGGAGUAUGGCUAAGCAAGCAAGGCGUCACCGAAUGCGAGCGUUUUCUAGACAAACCAUUAAUAGCACUCGGAGUCUUUCUAAUGCUCAUUUCCCUAGCAGGUCUAAUCGGCGCCUGUUGCCGCGUCACUUGGUUACUCUGGGUUUACCUUCUCGUCAUGUUCAUCCUCAUCCUUAUCCUCUUCUGCUUCACCAUCUUCGCUUUCGCUGUCACCAACAAAGGCGCCGGCGAGAAUCUCUCCGGCAAGGGUUACAAGGAGUACCGUCUCGGCGACUACUCAAAUUGGCUUCAGAAACGCGUUAACAGCCCAAAGAACUGGAACAAAAUACAGAGUUGCUUACAGGACAGCAAUGUUUGUAAGAGCUUGAUUGGAUCUCAAACCUCUGCUGAUAAGUUCUUCAUGGAACAUUUAUCUUCUGUACAGUCUGGUUGCUGUAAACCGUCGAAUGACUGUGGAUUUGAAUACGUAAACCCUACCAAUUGGAAUCAGACGGGAAAUUCAACAAUCGAUGGCAACCCUGAUUGCAAAGUGUGGAGGAAUGAUGAGAGUUUGCUGUGCUAUGGCUGUCAGUCUUGUAAGGCGGGUCUGUUGGAUAAUUUGAAGCGUGAUUGGAAGAAGGUGGCGGUGGUGAAUAUUGUAUUCAUCGUCUUCCUUAUCAUCGUUUACUCGAUUGGGUGUUGUGCUUUCAGGAACAACAGGAGGGAUAAUCAUCGCCAUUAUUAUCCGACCAGUAAAAUAUAGUUAGAUCAUUGUUAUUGUAACCUUUUAUCUCUUGUU